UUUAUGACACACUUAAAUGUAAAGUUAACCUAGCUAAUGAACGUGAUAUGUUGUUGCAAUCGUAACGGAACAUAGAAUUAUGUUCAAUAUGCACAUAUUUUGAUAAAAUAACUACAUUGAAUAAUUUUCACCCAACCGGAGGUAAUGCUUCUCAGGUCACAAAAUAUUGUCAGGGGCAUCUUUACGUUAGCAGAAUCGAUACCCAAAUCACCCCUCAUAAAAGUAUCAUCUCUUUUUCCUUCCCAAAUGUCUGACACAAAACCUAUUAAAAAACAAAAGUACGAUGGUCGGUCAAAGAAAAGACAAUGGGAAGACAGAAGAACAGAUAAGGGCGAGGGACUGAAUAUCGGUCCUAAGAAACAGAAGAAUGAAGAAAAUCAAAAUGUAACUCAAGACACAAAGCCUGACAAAGUGAAACGUAGAAAGUUUUGUCUACUUAUGGGAUACUCGGGAGACAACUACUACGGGAUGCAAAGAAAUCCUUAUACUAAGACGAUCGAAGAAGACUUAUUCAAAGCUUUACUAAAGACUGAAUUGAUCAAUGAAGAAUGCUACAAUCAAGUGCAAAAUAUGCAGUUUCAAAGGGCUGCUCGGACAGAUAAAGGAGUAUCAGCAGCUCGACAAAUAGUAUCUCUAAAAUUAGGCGAAAACAUUGACUUGGCAAAAAUCAAUGCAGAACUUCCAGAAGUCAUAAGAGUAUUUGCCUACAGAAGAGUAACGAAAGGCUUCAACAGUAAAUCCCAAUGUGACGGUCGAACAUAUAUUUAUGUGACUCCCACAGUUGCAUUUGCACCACAUGAUCAGGAAGUAUCUCAGAAAGACUAUCGAUUGAAUGAUGAAACUUACAACAGAAUAAACGACCUGUUGAAAAUUUUCGUAGGAACAAAAAACUUCCACAAUUACACUUCUAAAAAGAAACCAAAUGAUCCCAGUGCUAACAGGUAUAUAAAGUCAUUUGUAUGCGAGAAACCUUUUCAGAAAGAGGGUGUGGAGUUUGCAAUUUUGAAAGUGCACGGACAGAGUUUUAUGUUGCACCAAAUCAGGAAAAUGGUUGGUUGUAUCAUAGCUAUAGUUAGAGGCUUCGCAACCGAAGAGGUGAUCCACAAUUCUUUCAAACCAGAAAAAAUUUGUAUACCCAGAGCCCCUGGGUUGGGACUUAUGCUUGAAUAUGUCCAUUAUGAUAGGUAUAACUUUCGGUAUGGAGAAGAUGGAACACAUGAAAAACUGACCUGGGAAGACGUCGAAAAUGAAGUAAAUGAAUUCAGAGAUAAAUAUAUAUUUCCCACUAUUAUUAACAAAGAAAUAGAAGGAGAGGAAAUGCUGCAAUGGAUAAAAGAUAAGUUAUCAAAGCAUUCCUAUGACGAAGAUAGCUUAAGUGACGAGGAAUGUGUUGACAAUGAUGGCGACAAAGUUGAAAGUAUUCCGAAUGGAAAUAUUUGUAACAAUCAAGACAAUAAAAUUGAAGGAAUUAGAUCUUAAAA